UUAUGGACGAUCUGAAUAAAUAUUUAAGCUCAGAACUCAUAGGCAGAUAAUCUAAUGGAGGAUUUCAGUUCUGCAGAUCCUUCCAUUUUAUUCCCAAAUCUCAACCUAAUUUGCAGUUUCUCCGACAACAUCGCCGGCGAGCCAAUUUGGCGACCGGACGCCGCCGCAGCCGGCAACUCGCCGUCUCCGGAGCUAUUUGAAGAAUUUACCGGGUCGGAUUACCCGACCCAUUUCGCGCCUUGGGUUUUGAAAACGGAGCCCCGACUAAGCUACUCGAAUGCUCAGAAGUCGGCCGGACCCUACCCGGGAAAUGGCAUCGGGAGGAAUUACAGAGGGGUGCGGCGGCGGCCAUGGGGGAAGUUCGCGGCGGAGAUAAGGGAUCCGGUGAGGAAGGGGUGUCGGGUUUGGCUUGGGACUUACGACACCGAUGUUGACGCCGCCAGGGCCUACGACUGCGCCGCCUUCAGAAUGAGGGGUGCAAAGGCUAUUUUGAAUUUUCCGAUGGAGGCGGGGCAGUCAGGGCCGCCGGAGAAAGCUGGCCGGAAGAGAAGAAGACUGGAUCCAUCAUCGGACGGUUAAUUGUGAAGUUGGAUUAAUCCUCACCGUUGAUUAGAUCGUAUGCACGAAAACAGGGGUUCGAACACCUAUGCAAACAUGUAAAUUUUCUAAAUAAACUUCAGUGCUUGGUUAGGAACGUGUUCUAAUGUAAAUAUAUAAAUAAUUAAGGCUGUGUUCUUUUGCCUCAAUUUUUCUAUAGGUUUUUAU